AUGCGUGCGCCGCCUGCCGCUUCGGAUUCUUCUCACCCUCCCCCUUCUCUCCCCGCCACUCACGCUCCAGAGUCCACCCUGCCGUCUUCUGCGCCCUGUUCCGCCCCGUCCUCGCCGUCGUCUUCCGCGGUACCCUUUCUCGCCGCAACGACUGCCUCCUCGCUCUCUCCCCGGCCCUCGCGUUCGCCGUCGCCGUUGCCAGUGCUCGAGCUCCACAACGACAGCCCCUCCGAGACGGAAUGCGCGCUGUUUCCGUCGCCCCUGGACAUCCUCGAGUCGCUCCUGAAUCUGUGUGAGUGCGGCCACAGCGACUUUUCGACUUCCCCCCGGUCCGUCACCCCCGCAGACUCCGCACCACGUUCCGACACCCUCGCAGGGCGUUCCGCGCCAAGCCCCGGAGCUCGCCUCGCGUCAACCCCCGUGGAGCUUCCAGAGUUUCCUCUCCGCGUUCCGUCUCGCAGGUGGAGAGGGUACCGAACGACUGUUUGGCGACACGCGACUCUUCCCCGCUCUCUGUCUUCGCCCGUGCGGAACGCCCCGGGCGGCCAGGACCAGCAGAGUGCAAUGCAUGCGCCCGGUCUCUCGGAGGAGACCGCUGCGUACGACGCAGGCGCGCUGUGCUGCUGUGCCCCGCCGCCGCAAGGCUCUCUCUCUGUGGCCAGAAUGGCGCUCGUCCCCCCCACGCGCAGCUACUACUACGCAAGGCCAGCGCCUGUCCUCAGCCCCUCCGUCGCCGGCUACGCCGCGGUCUCCGGAGGUUCCCGAGUCUAUGCAGCUGGGUCCCCCGCAGGCGGUGCGGCUCCAGAGAGCUUCCACCGCGUCGUCAACGGCGAGCCAGAGGCGAUGUACCUGACCUCGCCCUCCGCCGUCGCCUACGCCCCCGGCAGCCACGAACCCAGACACCUGACCGUCCCCACCCUCCCGCCGGCGGCAGGAACCGGCGAAGACUGGGGCGAAAGUCGACGGCGCCUCCCCGUCGGCGCGCCUCCGAUGGAGCGAGACGCCUUCGUGACCGAAGCGCUCCUCAGGAAAGAAGCGGAACUCCAGGCGAACGCCCGUCGCCUCGUCGAGGGGACUGCAGGGUUCGAGGAAGUCCGGCAACUGCGAGGCGAUCUCUGCGAGAAAGAAAUGGAGGUCGAGCAGCUCAAGGCGGAAGUGCACUUGGCGAGGAAGGAGAAAGGCGACCUGAACGCGGAUUUGCUGAUGAAGGACGCGGUCAUUUCCGCACUCAAGGCUGGCGACGACUCCGACCUUCCGGAUGUUCGCACAGUUGACGCUGUGAAGACGCUGCGCGAGAAGGAAGAGGAAAACCGUCUUCUGUCCCGGCGUCUCGAGGCGAUGCGCGAAGAGCGCCGCGACAUGCGCGAACUGCUUCUCCAGAAAGACAAGCAGCUGGCCGCCGCGAUGAGUGUUUCCGACACUGAGGCGAAGGAGGCCUCAGCCGUCCAGCUGGGCGUCCAGGCCAUCGCGAUGGUGCAAGACAGCGUGGAACUUCGCGAAAAAAUGAAGCGGCUGGAUGCGGAGCUCGCAGCCCUGAAGGAGGAAAAAGGCCGACGGGAACUUCUUCUCGAAGAAACGUUUCGCAAACUCACCGACAAACGCAAAGAGGCGGCUGGGCUCCUCGAAAUGGUCUCACAGCGAGACAUGAAACUUGCCAGAGUCGAGACCUUUCUCCAGCAACGGAACCGCGACUACGACCAGCUCCAGGAGGAGUCCCGCGCGGCGCUUCGGGCCGAGGCGGCGCGCGUGGAGAAGAGCGAGGAAGAGAUCAAGAUUUUGCAAGAGCAGCAGGGCGCGUUGAAGAACAUUGUCGCCUCGCGCGACGAGAAGGUGACGUGCCUCCAGAACGAGGUGGUUCGCAGAGACGCCCUCAUCAAGCAGUUGGAGCAGCGCCUGAAAGUUCUGUCUCAGGACCUCGAACAGAGCGCGGGUCACCUCCAGCAGCUGCUGCGCGCCUCUGCCGCGAAGGACGCGUACCUGUUCGAGUUGGAGUCGCAGCUGCGCCGGAACGAGGUCGAGCGCCAGGCGUCGUACCUCGCCGAAGUGUCUCGGACGCGUCGCCUGGCGCUGGAGACCCGACUGAAGGAGGAGGAGUGCCGUGCGGCCCUGAACGACAAAGAAGAGGCUCUGGCCUCUGCGCAGCACGAACUGAGUCGCAACUCGCUCACUCUUCAGCAGCUUCGCCACGCGUUCGCGACAGUCGAAGCCACGGACGCGUGCUACAGACCUGUCGAGAGUCGCGCCGCCUCGCCGUCUGCCGCGCGAGACAAGGCCAAAGACCGCGAGAGCGGCACGACCUCGCUGCCGGUUUCCACGACUGAGGACGCGCUUUACCGGAUCCCCACGGCGACUUCGGUCCCCCAGCGCCCGCUCCAAGAGAGUCUCCGGCUCCUCGAGGCCGACGCCGUCGUGCACCCGCGACCGGCAGGGACUGCCGGCCUGAACGGCCUUCUGCGCCAACCCCGGAAAGGAGACACUUCGACCGUGUACACCUACUACGAGGCUUCGCCUCAAGAAAAGGCCUCGGUCGCGUCGACUCUGGCCUUGCCUGCGGGGUUCGCGCCGACGCCGCACACGUUCCCCGCGACCCAGGCCUACGCGGGGAUCUUGCGGGCGAACACGGUGCCCAGUGGCGACGUCGGGGUCUCUCGCCAGGGGGGCCGAGGCUCACCCACCGCGUACGCGACGCUGCCAGCCUCACGCGUCGUGAAGCAGGUCGCGAGCAAAAAGGCCGAGGAGUCGGCGCAGAAACAGUGA